CGCCCUUUUUGCGACGAGCAGGGGAGAGGCGGUCUGGGUUUGAUUUCGUGAAGGAUUAGCACACAAUGGCUGCAGGACAGCAAUCACAGGCAUCAUUUGACUUCUGCCACACGCCACACGCAGGCUCCCUCUUGCAGGGCUUGCAGGAAUUGCGCUCCAACAACCUACUGACAGAUGUUACCCUUUGUGUCUCGGGAAAAGAGAUCCCCUGCCACCGCAACGUUCUGGCUGCUUGCAGUGAGUACUUUCAUGCAAUGUUCUGUAAUGGGCAUCGUGAGAGCCAGGAGCGUAAGGUGGACAUCCAUGGAGUCAGCCCCGACACAUUCCAGCUGCUUGUUGACUACAUGUACACGUCAAAAGUCACCAUCACAGAAGACAAUGCUGUGGAACUGCUAGAAGGGGCCAACUUCUUCCGGAUCCAACCUGUGCGUGGUGCAUGUGUGACUUUUAUAUCCAACAACCUGAGUGCUAAAGACUGUCUGCAGAUGCUUCAUUUAGGCAACAUGCUGUCCUGUCCAGACCUGGAGAAGAAAGCGAGUUCGUGUGCCUUGGAGGAGUUUGAAACAGUUAGCAAAACACCCGAGAUCCUUUCCUUGACUAAGGACCAGCUCAAGACACUCAUCUCAUCAGAUGACCUCAAGGCCUCUGAAGAAACUGUGUACACAGCAGUGAUGGCCUGGAUUGACCAUGACCAUGAGCAGAGGAAGGAGGAGAUGAGAGAGCUGAUGGAGCUGGUCAGGUUCCCCUUCAUGGACAAGAUGCAUUUUUUGAAGAAUGUUCAGACCAACAAGGCCGUCUGCACAUCUUGCCAGGAUAUCGUGACGGAAACUCUUACUUAUCAGCUAUUCCCAGAAGAGGUCCAGUCUCCCCGCACCCGUCCCCGCCGUGCCAGUGGUCUGAGGGAGGCAGUAGUGGUGAUGGCAGGGAAAAGGAGAAGAGGCAAUACAUUUGAUGAUUUCUCCAAAUCAAUCACAAUGACCUACUCCACAGAGCCAACAAGCACAAGUUGGAUUCCCUUGACUGAAAUGAAGCAUUAUGCUGUGUGUGUACCUGUGGCUGUUCUAGGCACCAGUGACAUUAUCAUUUCUGUUGGCAAAGAAGUGUUGCUGUACCAGUCAGAACUGAACUCCUGGUCCAGUCUUGCCGAGAUGAACACAACACGGUAUCGUAACAAGCUAGCAGUGUUACAUGGAAAAGUGUAUUCAAUUGGUGGCAACAUGAAUGGGUUCAGUGGACCUACACUUGCAUCUGUUGAGGUCUAUGACCGAAGCCAGAACAAGUGGACUGCAGGUGUACCUCUUCCACAGCCAAGGUGCCAGCAUGCUGCUGUAGUGUUGGAUGGCAGCAUAUAUGUGAUGGGCGGGAUGGAUGGUGAACAAAAGUCAACCUCAGCAGUGUACUGCUUCAGCCCGGGAGACUUGCAAUGGCGAUCACUGCAAGAUAUGCCUGGAAAGGAUAAAUAUGUGACAGCUACAGUUCUCAAUGGUAGCAUCUAUGCUGGGCUUGGUUCACACAUUUUCUGUUUUACACCUGGCAAAGACAGCGGUAUCUGGAGUGUUGUAGCAUCAGGUAUUCCAUUCUACUUUGGAAUGACAGUGUUUGGUGGGAAGGUAUACAUCUAUGGAGGCUGUAACAAAAACAAAGACAGCGUUACCCAAAAUGUCCUGUGCCUUGAUCCAGAGACCCAGUCACUCAAUCGUGUGGGGUCCAUGCCCACAGGUCUGUAUGGGCAUACCUGUGUCACCAUACUGAAGUACUGCUGAUGCAUAGUGGUCUGUACUGGAUAAAACUGAUUCUAAAUAUGCAGUGUUGGAAUUGAUUGAAUUAAUUCCAGUGAUCAGCAUAUCUUGGCUCAUUUUGCAGUUGCUUUGUACGACUUACAAUAUGGUUGAAAACUUUUUUAACCAUUGUGUGUACACGAAUGUCAUCCAUAUACGGGUAAUCAAAUCAACAUGAC